AUGCCGUGGCUGCACGGCAACAGGUGCGCGCCCCGCCGCUCCGACUUCGAGGCGGCGGCGGCCCUCCCUGGCCUGGCAUCGCUCGGACGUGUGCAUGUUUUCUCGGCGAGGACCAGGACCAGGACAACCUCGGCUCGCGGCCCACGUUGGAGAGCUGGCCUUCCCUGGGCGGGGACGCGAGGGGCGAAGGCGGCGCGAGGCGCGGGGCGCGAGGCGCCAAGGUCGCUGGUGGUCGUGCUCGUCUUCCUGGCAGGCCCCCUGGCGCUGAAGCAGCAGCAGCCCAGCGCCGCCGCGCCGCAGCAGCUGGAG